AUGUCAACUUCAAAGCUGCCAGAACAGAUCGCGACGAAAUCCCCCUCGACUGCGGUCGAGGGGGAGGUCACCUCCGUCGACCUCGCCACCUUGAAUGCCUCCAUUGAUACUCGUGCUGAACGGUCGCUGGUCUGGAAAUUCGACCUUCGCAUUUUACCCGUACUAGCAAUCAUGUAUCUUUUCAACAGCCUGGACAAGUCGAACCUGGGAAAUGCGAAAACCGCCGGCCUAGAGGAUACGCUCAACCUCCAUGGAGACCAAUACAAUUUAAUUCUCAGCAUCUUCUUCAUCCCAUACGUCCUGACGGCCCCGUUUCUUGGAAUCCUGGGCAAGAUGUAUGGGCCGAACCUUGUCCUGCCGUGCAUGAUGCUCACAUUCGGCCUCUGUACUGUCCUGGUGGUCGCCGUCUUCAAUUUCAGCGGCCUGCUGGCCAUCAGAUGGUUCCUGGGAAUGUCGGAGAGCGCCUUCUUUCCUCUAGUGAUCUACUACUUGACGACUUUCUACCGUCGAGGCGAGCUCGCCAGACGCCUUGCGAUCUUCUACGCCGCCCAAAGCAUUGCAUCCGCCUUCUCAGGCCUUCUAUCCUUUGGAGUCUUCCGCAUCCAUACCGGCCCCCUCGCAUCGUGGCGCUAUCUCUUCCUUAUCGAAGGCUCCGCAACCGUCCUAUUCGGUGUGUUCGCGCUCUGGUAUCUACCGCGGUCAUCUUCCGAGGCAAGCUUCCUCUCUGACGAGGAGAAGACCCUCGCGUACCAUCGGAUGCAGCUAGACAGCUCGGCGGUCGUAAACGAGAAACUCAACAUCCGCGAGGCCCUCCGCGUUUUCAGGCACGGAACAAGCUGGGCGAUCCUUGGAAUCCAGGUCUGCCUGGGCGUACCUCUUCAAUCAGUGCAGCUGUUUCUGCCUGUGAUUAUCAAGAGAUUGGGCUACAACACUGUCAAGACGAAUCUGUACACUGUCGCUCCGAACGUCUCCGGGGCGGUGAUGCUUCUCAUCCUCGCAUUCUGCAGUGACUGGACGCGGUGGCGCUUCCCGUUUGUGGCGCUGGGAUUCCUUUUCACGUUCAUCGGCAUGGUCAUCUACGUGGCCAUCGACGUGGAACGCGAUAUCAACGUGGCGUAUUUCGCCUCGUUCAUGAUGACAUGGGGCACGUCUGCUCCGUCUGUGCUUCUCGACGUGUGGUACAACAAUAACAUCGCGAGCGAAGGAAAGCGCGUGGUGCUGACCAGCAUUGCGGUGCCGCUGGCCAACUUGAUGGGCUUGGUCAGCUCGAAUAUCUUCCGUUCGCAGGAUGCGCCAAAGUAUAUCCCAGCUCUGAUCACAACUGCAGCCUUUGGGGGCACGGGUAUCAUUCUAACCCUUGCUUUGGGCGGGUGGAUGAUCCUCGAUAAUGCGCGGAGAAACCGCCGACAGGGCGUUAACGUUAGAGCACUGGAUGUGCCGACGGAAAGGCUGAAGGAGGGCCCAGAGAGUCCAGAUUUUAGGUGGUUUUAUUAG